GGAACGGCGGUGGGCGGGGCGCCGUGGCGAUGGGUGGCGCAUUCUUGACAGCGGCGGCUCCUGCUGCUGCUGCUACUGCCAGGCGCUGAGGGAGAGCGGCCGCCUCUUCUUCACACCACAGAGGAAAUAGCGGGAGGAGGAGGAGGAGGCGGGCUGCUGUCUCUUGCAGACAAUUCAGGCAGGACUGGAGAGAGAGAGGAAGCGAAAGGCACGGGCAGAACAUGCCAGGCGCCCUGGCGAAGAGAAGCCGCCUUGCUCAGGGCUGAGGGAAGAACUCCACGACCUGAUAGUUCCUCCCUCGCCUCUCUGCUCCGAGCCGGCAGAGGAACGGGCUGCUCGGGAGUCGGGCACACCUCCUCCCGGGGGCUCCGCUCGGCUUCCCGGCUGCGGAGCGAGCGGCGCCUCGGAGCCCCGGUGGGUGGGCGGGCGCGCCAAGAGGGAGCCCGGCUGGGUCCGCGCCAGGCAUGGAGAGCAAGCGCUGCUUCGCCAACCGCUUCGACGACUACAAGGGCAGCCUGCUGGCCGGGCAGGGCAAGGAGGCGGUGGCGCCCUUGGUGACGGCCACGGUGGACCGCAUCCUCAAGGAGGUGCCCCCGCUGGGCGGCGCCGAGGCGGCGGGCGGGCUGGGCGGCUGCCAGGGCGGGCUGUACGGCGGCGUGGCCGGCGUGGCCUACAUGCUGUACCACGUCGCGCAGUGCCCGCUCUUCGCGCCGGCCCGGGACUCCUACCUGCGCGCCGCCAAGCAGCUGGUGGACGCCUGCGUGCGCUACGAGGAGGACUGGGGCGACGCCGACGCCGACACCCGCGCCGCCUUCCUGCUGGGCGGCGCCGGCGUCUAUGCCGUGGCCGCGCUGGUCUACCAGGCGCUCGGGCUGCCGGACUGGGCCAGGCCGCUGGGCAAGUUCCGCGAGCUGUGCGAGCUGUGCGCCCCGCUCACCUUCCUCGACUGCGGCUCCGACGAGCUCUUCGUGGGCCGCGCCGGCUACCUGUGCGCCGCCCUGGUGCUGAAGCAGAAGCUGGGAUUGGAGGUGUUGACUCCACCACAAAUCAAGUCAAUUUGUCAAGCAAUGUUAGAGUCUGGGAAACAGUAUGCUUUGAGGAAGAGAAAACCAGUUCCACUCAUGUACUCUUACUAUGGAACAGAAUACCUUGGAGCUGCUCACGGCCUUUCAUCCAUCCUACAGAUGCUGCUUUCCUACUAUGAAUAUAUUCCGCCUGCUGAUCAGGAACUAGUAUGGCAGAGUGUUGACUUUCUUAUGGAUCAAGAGCAGAAUUGCAACUGGCCUCCAGAACUAGGAGAGAUGAUUGAACGGGAGAAUGAGCUUGUGCACUGGUGUCAUGGCGCUCCAGGUUCUUCUCAAUGCAUUGCAUACAUGUUUGCAAAAGCAUACUUAGUUUCUAAGAAGCCCCAAUAUCUAGACAGUUGUAUCCGCUGUGGAGAACUAACUUGGCAGAAGGGACUACUGAAGAAAGGACCUGGAAUAUGUCAUGGAGUGGCUGGCAGUGCUUAUGUGUUCCUGCUCCUAUACAGGCUAACUGGAAAUUCUAAGUACAUCUACAGAGCACAAAGGUUUGCUGAAUUCUUGUUUACUGAAGAAUUUAAGGCUGGAUCCCGAGAACUGGAAAGUGUUUACAGUCUGUAUGAAGGUUUCUCAGGGACAGUUUGCUUCCUGGUUGACUUGCUACAGCCUAACCAAGCUGAAUUCCCCCUCUUCAGUGUCUUUGUGUAAAAUGGAACAUGUUCCACUGCCGGGACAGGACAAAGGCACUGUUUCAGUUCACUAUCAAGGAAAGCGAUUUUAGAAUAUGUCCAUUUCUGCAUUGCCACUAAUGAGAUAGCCUUAACGUUGCGGGGUGGGGAGAGCAGGUUUAACACACAGACACAUAUAUAUUCUGGGGCUUGGGAAGGGAAGCAUGUGGUUUAUAAAUAAUAGGUAGCAAUUUUAUUCAAAGGUUAGAAAAGGGUCUGGCAUUUUUACAAAACUGAAAAGGAAUCAAAAUUCAGAUGAAUUAAGGGAAGUUAAAUGAAGUUCACAAAAACUGACAGCGUUCUGUCUUCCACAAGGUAGAUUGGUUAAAGGACAAAAUGCAAAUUUGGAUUUCAGAGAAGUGCAAGUGGGGGAGAAAUGUGAACAAUGCAUUAUUUAAAAGCACACAAAAAGUAUAUUUUUAUGGUACAUUGGCACAUUCUUUUGGGGAAGGCAGGCAAUGAGAAAAGUAAAACUGUCAAACAUCUUUGACAUAUUCCAGAAAUUCAUAUUAGGACAAUGUCUUUAUUAGGCCAACCAAAAUGCCACAAAAGAGCAUGCCGGGUUUUGAGCUCCCCAGAAUUCUUCAUCAGGUUAGGUGGCAACAACCUGGGAGAAAGCCGCCCAGCAAGAGUCUUAAGAUGGAGUGUAGAAGGCAGUAGACAUUCAAAUAAAGCCCAUUUUACGUACCUUGCAGGAAUCAAGCUCCAUUGUAGCCUCCUGGCAAGGACUAACCCAUAAUGGCUAAGUGCCCUUAAGAGAUGGGAACUCUGCCAUUGUUGGCUGGGGAUGAAAGGUGCUAGUCCAGCAACACCUGCAGGGAGAGAGGUUCCCCACCUCAAUUCUAGGUCACUGUUUCCCAGUGUAGGCAGGUGAAAUUGUUGCCUUUGCUUACCUCUUUGGCAACAGGUUUUCUCCCCUCUAUAACAAGUCAUUCUAACCCUCAGCUAUAGUAAAAUUGCAAAAUCCUGCAACAGAGAUGGGUGCUUCUUACUGCACGGGUCCUCAUAGGAUAAGAAAAUAAUCUUUGCUGAUGAGCUACAUUUGGUUUCAUAAAAUAUAUUAAACAAUAUCCCCUUGGAUUGAAGCUAAGGCUCCCUGUGGAAGAUGUUCUGCUUUCAGGAUGCUAAGGGAGUGAAGUAGAAUUGGUGCAAAUUGUGCCCCCCCCCAACGCGCCAUUGGCAGUAUACAAAUCAAAUACUAAUAAACAACUAUAUAUAGUAGUUAUUUCAGGAAUAUGUAACAUCUACCUAAAAUUGCAAAAACAGACUGAAACAAGGCAAGAUCUUGUAGGAAUCCAAGCCUACAUGUUUGUUUAGAAGUCCUUUGUGUUCAGUAG